UCAGUGACAGGUCCUUUUCUUCGGGUAUUUGCCGUCGAAGUCCCUCGAAAUCGAACGCUGGUUGCCCUUGUUCCUGCCCUUGUUGUUGUUGAGGUUCUUGUUGUUGUUGUUGCUGGGGUCCUUGAUGUUGUUGUUAUUCUUCUUGUGGUUGUUGAUCUUGCUGUUGAUUAACAUUAUUGUUGUCGGACUCCGCAGGUACUUCUUCUUCGACGACAUUUUGUUCCUCCUCCGCCAUUGCUGA